CUUCUGUCUUGUGACCGGCAGACUUCGGAGCCAAUCAGAACGCACCAUCUGUAAACAUGGCGUGUGACUUCAGGUGGAGAUGUGCGGUGCUGCUGCUGCUCUGCGGGUCUCUGCUGUGCGUGUCCGCGGCAGACAGCAAAGAGAAGCCCAGGAAGAAGAAGGACAUCCGAGACUACAAUGACGCGGACAUGGCGCGGCUCCUGGAGCAGUGGGAGGAAGACGAUGACAUCGAAGAAGGUGACCUCCCAGAGCACAAGAGGUCUCCUCCUCCAAUCGAUUUCUCCAAGGUGGACGCCUCCAAGCCAGAGGAGCUGCUCAAGAUGUCCAAGAAGGGCAGGACCCUGAUGGUUUUCGCCACAGUGUCGGGAGAUCCCACGGAGAAGGAGACGGAGGAGAUCACAGGCCUGUGGCAGGGCAGCCUCUUCAACGCCAACUUCGACAUUCAGAGGUUCGUGGUGGGCUCUAACAGGGUGAUCUUCAUGCUGCGGGAUGGCAGCAUGGCCUGGGAGGUCAAAGAUUUCCUCGUGUCCCAGGAACGCUGCGCGGACGUCACCGUGGAGGGACAGGUGUUCCCCGGGAAGGCCGCUAAGAAGGACGACGCCAAAUACAAGCAGCCGAACGAAGUCAACGACAAGAAGAAGGGCAAGAAGAAGAAGGAGAGCAAGAAGCCCGACUUGGAGAAGAACAGAGCGAGCAGUCUGAAGCAGGAGCUGUGAGCCGGUAACAGCCUCAGACAUGCUUAUUGUCACCACACAACCUGUGAGCUGUAAACUCGUGAGAGGCUGCAGGACCUCGUGAAGACACGCUGGUUCAGAGUCAGUAGACUAAUAAAUCCUGAGUGACAGUGACCGCUGAGCUGAUAUCAUAACUCAAAGAUUUGUUGUCUCUUCUCCAGCUCUCCCUCCUGGAACAUGUUACACAUGUUACACUGCCACCUGGUUUCUUUACUUAUAUUCUGUCGAUUGAUUAUCACCAAAUGAAAAUCAGUACGUCCACGUGUUGUUUGAAAGGUACCCAAGGUAAGAAUUAAGAAGUGCCACGUGAGGUACAGGGAGUGUUAUUUUGGUACAAACAUGGAGUCAGUCAGCAGACCUUCAGGUCCUGGUCUGUGUUAGACAUCCAGCAGCACAUCAAUAUUUGAUUCCUCACAUUUGCUGUUUGAUUUUUCACUCAAUAUGAAAAUAAAGUUUUUUUAUAUAAUCACA